AUGACUAAGGACUAUGACGUCCCGCAGCCGGGCCCAGCCCGGUUAAGCCCUGGCGCUGGUCCCGACGAGUGGCUGGACGCCGCAAAGCGGUGCAAGUACCUGCCCGAGGCCGACAUGAAGCGCCUCUGCGAGAUAGUCAAGGAGUGCUUGAUGGAAGAGUCCAACAUCCAGCCCGUCAAGACCCCGGUCACCGUCUGCGGAGAUAUCCACGGCCAGUUCUACGAUCUGUUGGAGCUGUUCCGCGUUGCUGGCGGCAUGCCCAGCGACACGGUCGCGACCGCACCCACUGUGCCCACCAAGACCAUCACUGCUGCCGAUAUAGAGCCGCCGAGCACCAUCACCGACCCCAAGGCUAAGCGCAAGAUGAAGCGCCGGUUCCAACGGGACGCCAACUACACGGGCACAAGUCCAGGCUCGGGCGCUGAGAUCGAAGAGGAGGAGGAAGACGAUGAGGAGGGCCGCGGCCGGAGCAGGAGCAGCAGCCAAAGAGGGAGCUUUGGAGACGGCUCCUCGGAUGCCGACAGCAACCGCAACAUCUCCGGCUCAGGUGGCAACGGCAUGCAGAACUACAUUUUCCUGGGUGACUUUGUGGACCGCGGCUACUUCAGCCUGGAAACAUUUACGCUGUUGAUGUGCUUGAAGGCCAAAUUUCCCGAUCGGGUAACGCUUGUCAGAGGCAACCAUGAGUCGCGACAGAUCACGCAAGUCUAUGGUUUCUACGAAGAGUGCCAGACCAAGUACGGCAACGCUUCGGUGUGGAAGGCGUGCUGCCAAGUAUUCGACUUCCUGGCUCUCGCUGCCAUUGUAGACGGCAAGGUGCUCUGCGUGCACGGCGGCCUCAGCCCUGAGAUCAGAACGCUGGACCAGAUCCGGGUGGUUGCCCGCGCGCAGGAGAUCCCGCACGAAGGAGCCUUCUGCGAUCUCGUGUGGAGUGACCCAGAGGAUGUGGAUACUUGGGCAGUGUCGCCGCGCGGAGCAGGCUGGCUGUUCGGCGACAAGGUGUCGUCCGAGUUCAACCACGUCAACGGACUGCAGCUCAUCGCACGAGCGCACCAACUGGUCAACGAAGGCUACAAGUAUCACUUCAAGGACAAAGACGUGGUUACGGUGUGGUCGGCGCCCAACUACUGUUACCGCUGUGGCAAUGUGGCGUCGAUCAUGAGCCUUGGCGAGGACCUGAAUCCGAAGUUCACCAUCUUCAGCGCGGUUCCAGACAACCGGCGGGCGGUGCCUGCUGGGCGUGGCACGCGCGGCGAAUAUUUCCUAUAG